UUCAUUCAAUACACUCAAAAAAAAUAAAGUGUUUUAUCUCUUUGCUCACACUAUUUCUCUUCUCCUUUAUCCAUACCUCUUUGUCGCCUCUAAAUUUCUCUUUCUCCAACUAAAAAAAAAUAUCUAUUUUGCUUUUCUCUUAUUUCUUUUCUGAUAAUAAUAAUUUAUCAGUAAAGUUGAAGGCUUACGAUCGGUGAUCCAGAUCCCUGAGUAGGCAGAAUGAGCUCUCUGCAAGGGCCUGUUAUUUGUCCUGUUGUUCGUGGAAAGCAAACAAGUCAGUUUGCUGUUCCUGUCAAUUCUUCUGUAGUGAAGGCGAAGAUUUUGAAGAGUAGGUUCUGGGGGAUUAAUGGGAUCUCUAGCUUCCGGGUUAAUGUGGCUCGUCAAUCACGAUCACGAGUAAGCAAGGUGAUACAAUGCACUUUUAGUUCAUCAUCAGAUGGAAAUGGUAGCACGGCAGAGAAUUCCAAUGAAAGUAACGCAGAUUAUGUGAACUCUAGCGUGGUCGAAGCUGUUGAAGUGCGAAGUGGGCCAGAUGGUUUCAUGAUCAAAAUGAGAGAUGGAAGGCAUUUGAAAUGUGUGCAUAAUAAUCCACAAGGAGGUCAUCUACCGGAUUAUGCUCCACAUCCAGCGAUUGUAUUAAGAAUGGAAGACGGGACAGGGCUUCUUCUCCCUAUUAUUGUUUUGGAGAUGCCAAGUGCAUUGCUCAUGGCAGCUGUGCGUAAUGUCCAAAUUGCCCGACCAACAAUGUAUCAAGUUGUGAAUGACAUGGUUGAGAAGAUGGGUUACACGGUUAAACUUGUUCGAGUUACAAAGAGGGUGCACGAGGCUUAUUAUGCUCAGUUAUAUCUAACAAAGUCCGACAAUGAUGCCGAGAGUAUUAGCUUUGAUCUUCGUCCGUCUGAUGCAAUCAACAUUGCUGUGAGAAGCAAGGUGCCAAUACAAGUCAACAAGUACUUGGCUUAUAGUGAUGGUAUGAGAAUUGUUGAAUCUCCGAAGUCAAUAGUGCACACUACUGGUUCAGACGGUCUCUUGUUCACCGAGCUUGACAGGCCUAAUGGCAAGCCAUGCAUUGAAACAAAGGAGUUUAUUCUUGUGCGGAAUAUGCUGAUUGCGGCGGUUGAAGAGCGAUACAGAGAUGCAGCUCUGUGGAGGGACAAGCUUACUCAAUUGCGAUCCAAGAGAAACUGGAUAUAGAAGGUGUGGUUAGUUGUUUGAGCAAAGAGACUACUUAUGUGUAUAUAGAAGCCAUUCAUCGGAGCCAAUGUGGUCAACAUCUUCAGAGAUCGAUUGCAGUUCUCCCCUUAAUAUGUAAUGUAAAAAAAUAAGUUGUGAAUAUCUGUAUAUACGGAACUGUAAUUCUAAUGUAAGACGGACCGAUAAACUUAUGGUUUUCGGACAAGUGUUUUUUCAGUUUCAAUGUUAAUCUUACAUCGGGUGUGCCGUAUAUUGUUUCGUUUGCUUAUUAAGUAGUAAGUUGAAGAUCUCAA